AUGACGGGGUUCGUAGACGACACCAACUCCCGAACGAACUGCUUGUUAUCCAAUGAGAUUCCCUCGGUGGAGGAGCUGAUUGGCAAGGCUAUGAAGGAUGCCCAGUGGUGGAACGACCUCCUGUUGUCAUCAGGCAGAAAGCUGGAAGCCACGAAAUGUUCCUUCCACCACCUCCGGUACGAGUUCUGCCCAAGUGGGGAGCCCAAGCUAGUUUCGGGCGUGAAUUUCACCCCGAAAAUCAACGUCAAGUCUGUGGAUGGGAUUGUGACUCCCAUCAAGCCUGUUGCCAACUACGACGACCACAAAUCCCUGGGGUGUUACAAGGGCCCCUUGGGCAAGCUUGCUGCCCCAAAGGCAGUCCUCGUGGCCAAGUGUAAGCACUACACACAGGUCCUGAAGGGGUCCCCGCUCAACGGAAGGGAGGCCGAUAUGUUGGAGACCACGUUCUUUAAGGACACAGUUCUUGAUUCCAUUGAGUCGGCACCCCGACGAGCUGCACUCCAGAAAAUGGGGUUCAGGGCGAAUACUGCAAAGGUCAUUUGCUAUGGAUCCUGGAAACUCGGGGGAAUCGAAAUGUUCCGCCUUGCAGACAAGCAGGGGAUUGGAGUCAUCCAACAGUUUCUCAAACAUUGA